AUGGAGGUGAUGUAUUGUCAGCAAAUGGGGAGUUCUUACAGUGAAACUUUGAAAGUUUUGGAGUCUGAUAUAAAGUAUGCAAAUGCUAUGGCUGCGGCAAUUCCGAAAGCUAAGGAUGGUGCACAACUUCAAAUGAAAUUGGUUUACAAUCAAUUGGCACCUCACUUUUUGUUUUUGCUUCAAUGGAUGGAUUGUUCCUGCAUGUGCUUUUUCCCUAGAUAUUUCAAUUUUUUCCACGUACUUAUUUACAAGGUAUAUACAGACGGAAGGCCAAAAAUAUCGACUCGUGGAAGGAAAGCAACUAUUAGAGACUUUUAUGCUGUCAUAUUGCCAUCACUUCAACGACUCCAGAGUGACUUUGUAGAGCUGGGUAGUACUGGACAUGAUGAUCCUCGUCUGAAAAGCAUUGGCAAGAAGAGGCUAGCAGAUGGCGGGUUUUCCAACUUCGAUUCGCGAAGAGAUGAAGAAUGUGGGAUAUGCUUAGAGCCUUGCACCAAGAUGGUCUUGCCUAAUUGCUGCCAUGAAAUGUGCAUAAACUGCUAUCGCGAUUGGAGUACAAGAUCGGAGUCGUGUCCAUUUUGUCGUGGUGGCAUAAGAAGAGUAGAGUCAAGAGACCUAUGGGUUCUUACAUGCAAUGAUGAUGUGGUUGACGCUGACACUGUUUCUAGAGAGGACGUGUUGCAUUUCUACCUAUAUAUCAGUGGCCUGCCUAAAGAUUCCCCUGAUACCCUGUUCUUAAUGGUAGCCACACAAGAGCUGCAAGUUGAAGUCGAGUUGUGCUUCAACAAAUUUCGAGCAUCCUUAAAAGGCAUACUUGAGCAGCAGUACCCACAACCCAGAAAGAUCCCUCAAUUCUUUCUAAGGUUAUGUACCUGA